CAUUUUCCCCGGAGUUCUAAGCUGCUGCUGUCUAUAAAAAGGACCCAACGAACGCACGUUUUUCAGCGACCUUUUUUUCCUUCUGGUAGAUUUGAUUAGAUCAGACAGAAAGGAAGUUCAGCGGGUUGCGAUUGGUGUCCAUGGCUUCAGUGGGCAACAAGAUUUUGAGCCUGGGAACAAAAAUUGUUGCUGUUGGCAGGAACUACGCCGCCCAUGCCAAAGAGCUCGGUGCUGCCCUGUCUGAGGAACCAGUGUUGUUCUUGAAGCCUACUUCAUCUUAUGUACAAAAUGGUGGCACCAUUGAGAUUCCCCACUCUAUGGAAUCGUUGGUGUAUGAGGCAGAGCUGGGAAUUGUUGUUGGGAAGAAAGCUCGUGAUGUUCCCCAGAAUUCAGCAAUGGAUUUUGUAGCAGGCUAUGCUCUUGGUUUAGACAUGACAGCAAAAGAAAUGCAGAAUGCUGCUAAGGCUGCUGGUCUUCCGUGGACACUUUCCAAGGGGCAGGACACUUUUACUCCAAUUGGGGACUUUGUACACAAAUCAGCAGUAGCGGACCCUCACAAUCUGGAACUUUGGUUAAAGGUCGAUGAUGUCCUCAAACAGAAGGGUUCAACCAAAGAUAUGAUCUUCAAGAUCCCAUAUCUCGUAAGCCACAUCAGUUCCUACAUGACACUUUUUGAAGGAGAUGUGAUACUAACAGGCACUCCGCAAGGAGCUGGUCCCGUGAAAGCAGGCCAGAAGAUCAGUGCUGGUAUUACAGGCUUGACUGACAUUCAUUUUGAUGUUCAGAAGCGCGCGAAACCUAUCAGCAGCUAAAGAGAGAUAAAAUGAUAAGACUAGAAAGCAUGCUCUGCCUCCUGCAAAAGAGUGUUUCUCCUGUGUCACCUCUCUCUCUCGGCCUUUUUGCCAUUUUUUGAUAAAUAUUAUUUCAUCCGGCUCAUUGAAUGGUUCAAUGAUCUGGAUUGUAGGGACUGAAUGGGCUUUUCCUUCGUGUAGUUUCAGAAUCAUGACUGAAUUUUGAAAUCUUUUAAGCUGCUCUCUGCAGAUUAUGUAUGUCCUUUUUGUGUAACAAAUAAGUGCAAGCUUAUGCCAAGUUUGGUUCAUCAAUCUCAGUGGGUAGAGUUUGCCUGAAACUGUGGUCUCAAUUCUUGUCUAUUUAAGACCCACAUUUUGAGAUGCAGAAUUGCCAUUAUAUUGUCAUCUUUUUCAUUA